AUGACGGAACUCAAGGAUAGUGAGUUAGAUGGGCCUGCUGCUGAAUUAACUCGAAUUGUCAAACGAUCUGGAGCUUUCGACAACAUAAAGAAGGCUGCUGUAGAUGAGUUACAGUCACUGGUAUGUUAAAGUAGAUGGUUGUUGUUGUUUAAGUUAAUAAAUUUGAUCUGAGGAUCUUAAUAUAUUAUUCUAAUUGUUUAGGAACAAGUUCAAGUACAAAGCUCCUUGAUGUUAAGCGUUAUGAAGGUUCUUUUUGAGCAGCAGAACAGGUCUUCUAAAGGGAUGAGUCUUGCAGAACGAAGAAUACAGUUGAAGGAUAACAUCAGGAAAGGAUCUAUGUACAAAAGUCUGACCAAUUACUUUCAAGAGGUAUCGUUAUUGUUUGGAGUAACUGUUUAACUAUUUUUCUAUAGUUUUAUAAUUUACAUAUUGUUUUAGAGCGAUUCUUACAAAGACAGCUGCGAGCGGUUGUACGAAGAAGUGGAUCGUGUUGUAGCCGAGACUUAUCCAGAUUACAAGCCAUCAGAGGUAAGAGACCGUCUUUUAGUUAUGGUUUAUAUUUUAGAAGUCUAACACAUACACAGAUAUUAUGCCAAGUCUACAAUUACCCAAAGACCUCAACAUACCUUCAACUUCUUCUAUGUUCCAACUUCCUCUACCUGAUAUGACACUGCCUUCGAUGGGUAUUCCUCCUCCUGUAUUCCCUCCACCGAUGGGGUAUCUACCACCUUCUGAAAUGGUGUUCGGAGCUGAAAUGGAGAACACUUUAACUAAUGUUAAUGGUGUAUCUGCUGAAGUUAAUGCUUCUGUUCAUUCUACGCCUAUCAAGGCUGAACUGGUAGAUACCACGGUCGACAACAACGACCACAUGGACAUGGAAUUGGACUCUGGGUCUUCGAAUGCUCCUAGUCCAGCUGUAGUGAUCAAACAGGAGAUUGUGGACGAUGCCGAGCUUCCCCCUCCUCCGAUGCCCCCUCCUAACUUGUAG